AUGGGUCUUAUUGCUCCAGAAAUGAGAGCAAGCGCAUCCUCUCAGAAAAGGGGACGCUCACCGUCUCCAAGACGCCGAAGGAGUCCGUCACCUCGCAGGAGCCGAAGUAGAGACAGAGAUUGGGGCAGAGACAGAGAAAGGGAAAGAGGAAGAGACGGUGGCAGGGAAAGAGACUCUGGCUAUGGCGACCGACGUAAUGGCAGAGAUGAUAGCAGAGAACGAGGGCGCGAUAGUCAUCGGGACGACCGUCGAGAUGGCCCUGCCGAACCGCGCAGAGCUAGCCCUCAAUACGACGACUACAAACGCCCACCCCCUCCCUCAGGCAGCGCAGAGUCUUCGGUGCCUUGGAGGAAGCAAGACAGCAUGUACCCUCCGAAACAAAGCUUCCAAUAUCAAGGAAGCGGCGGCAGCAAUUUCUUAGAGGCUCGUCGUGUGCAACGUGCAGCACAAACUGUCGAUAUAUGGCCUCCUUCACCGAAAGCACCUGCUCGUGAUCUGUCCCCGAGAGGUAAAAAGUCGAGCAAAAAGUCUAAACGUCACCGGUCACCCACCCCCAGUGACACCGACUCUGAAGAAGAAGAACGAAGGAGGAGGAAAGAACGAAGACGUGCUCGCAAGGCCCGCGAGAAAGAGGAGCGCAGAAAAGAAAAGAAGCAUCGCAGGCAUCGCUCUCGGUAUUCCAGUGACGAUGACAGUGAUGAUGACGACGACCGCAAGCAUAGCAAACACCGCAGUAAACGAACUCGUAGUCGAUCACCGAGUCGGAGCAAGAGCAGGAGCAAGAGCGUUCGGGACCGUAGCAGAACCCCUACGGCAGACAGAAAAACACCUGAUGUCGCCCCGUCCAAAGCAACACCUACCAUUCCCAUUGAUGUGCCCUUUUCCUCCUCAACCUCUCGACAUCAAUCUACCAGCCAGCCACCACAAAGCCAAGGCGACUCCGAUUCCGGCGAGGAAGUCGGUCCGCAACCUAUGUAUAAAAAAGGAGGCAACAAAAAGGUCGAUGAACGUGCAUAUGGUGGCGCUCUUCUUCGUGGUGAGGGUAGCGCCAUGGCUGCUUUCUUGCAGGAAGGCACCGAAACACGUAUCCCUCGUCGUGGUGAAAUUGGUUUGACAUCAGAGGAAAUAGCCAAGUACGAGGAGGUUGGAUACGUGAUGAGCGGUAGCAGGCACAGGAGGAUGAACGCUGUGCGUAUGAGGAAGGAGAACCAAGUUAUCAGUGCAGAGGAGAAGAGAGGGAUCUUGAAGUUACAAAAGGAGGAGAGAGAGAGAAAAGAAGCCAUUCUAAGAGACGAGUUCAGCCAGCUGGUCAACGAGAAGCUGAAAGCUGUCUGA